AUGACAGCAGAGUUAUUCCUCGAUGACAGCACAGAUGCUGCAGGUCAGAAACCAGGAUACGCAGAGAUGCUAUAUUCGGUCCCCUGUCACAGCAACGAAUCCAGAUUCCUGAGCUACGAUGAAGAUCUUGACAGAGCUUAUUGCCUUAGUGAACUCUAUACCUCUUUUGGGCCUCAGGCUGUUUUUAUUUUGUGUCGGCUAAGCCCUGAAAUGAAAGAUUUACAGUAG